AAUGUCUCUCAGUGACCUGAUGUUAAGUUUUGCCCUGGGUGACAUUCAGUAGUUUUAUAAAAAAACUGAAAAGUCCUUCCAAAUGACCCACACAGGGGCAACUGCCUGUGACAUCACACAGCAGCCAGCACUGGGUGUCCACCCUCCCACCACCCCAGUGGCCACAAUGGCAUAUGGGGUGGCCACCAUGGCGCACAGGCUGGCCACCUGCCACCAUGCAUGAUGCACACCAGCACCAACACACGCAGCUCCCCCCAGCUCUCCCACCAUGGAUGACGCUGCGAUGCUUGGAAAGAAAGGCUAUAGCCUGAGCAACACACUAGGAGAAGGCUCCUACGGUAAAGUGAAAUGUGCCUACUGUGACCAGCUGAAAUGCAACGUGGCCAUCAAGAUAAUCAACAAGAGGAAAGCUCCUCAGGAAUUUCUGGAAAGAUUUCUCCCCAGGGAAAUACAGGCUUUGAGACGUUUGCACCACCCAUCAAUCAUCAAAACCCAUGAGAUCUUUGAGACAUCAGCUGGUAAAGUGUACAUUGUGAUGGAGCUGGGGGUAAAGGGAGACCUCCUGCACUACAUCAACACCACAGGAGCUAUGGAAGAAGACAUUGCUCACAUCAAGUUUCAGCAGUUGGCUUCUGCCAUCAAGUAUUGCCACGACUCAGACUUCGCUCAUAGGGACCUGAAAUGCGAGAACAUCCUUCUUGACGAAGACCUCAACAUCAAGCUGUCAGACUUUGGCUUUUCCAAAUCCUUGUCUCGGGAUGAAGAUGGAAGAACUAUUCUCAGCCAAACCUUCUGCGGGUCUGCUGCCUACACAUCCCCUGAAGUGCUAGAGGGAAUUCCUUAUGACCCCAAAAUUUCUGACAUAUGGAGCCUGGGUGUCAUCUUGUACACAGUAGUCUAUGCUUUAAUGCCAUUUGAUGAUUCCAAUGUCAGGAAAAUGAUCUCUAUUCAGAAACAACACAGGAUUCCCUUCCCCAACUCAAAACACCUGAGUGCAGAGUGCAAGGACCUCAUUUACCACUUGCUCCAGCCCAAUGCAUCUCAGAGGUUGUGCAUAGAUGAAGUUUUGAAACACUCAUGGUUGCACACUCAAAAAUCCAUACCUUCCCCUCUGCCAGAUGCAGAAGAGGGUGAGUGUUCCAAAAACCCGAGUGAAGGAAAGCCUGAGCACAAGCAGCAGGCCAAAUCCCAUUCUGCAGAGGAUGGAGGGGAGAAACAGGAUCCUCUAAGGAUGGCUGGUUUUAACAAUAUCACAAAGUUGGUCUAACUUGUGAACUGCUGGUUCUCAACUUCAGUUUCUCUGAACCCUUUCAGCAAUAGUCCUCGUCUUUUGCUUUACAAAGUAUAGCUCAAACUAUGAGACCAGAGAAGACAUAAUACAUCGGCUGAGGUGAAUGAACAACUGAACACAAUUAUUCUCAAAAGACCUGUGUCUCAUAAGGUUUGCAGGGAUUAGAAGUUACUGUCAAAACACAUUGGAAAGCUUCUUCAAGUGCUGCUGACACUUAACAGCUCUUACACUCACGUUUCUCAAGUUCUUGACUACACCAGCUGCAGAAUUCACAUGUGCAUCAACCACAUUUUGGAUUCAGUAAAAGGGCAGGUUAUUAAGAAGUGUGAACUGAUGUCUGAAACUAUUUGCAAGCUGUUUUGUAUGCAACUCUUGACAGGCCCACUGUAUGUUCAAGAGCAUAAGUUUAAACACCACUUAAAUUAAAGAGAAGCCCUGU